GCCUCUCACGCCACCGCAGGGACGUCUUCGAUCCCUCGUCCGACCGACCCUGGCUCGCCUAUCUCUCGCCCUCUAAUUAGCCCUAGAUCGCCCUUUCCCCUUCCGAUCCCCACUCGGAUCUUCACCGCCGGCCUUCGACGUUCCCUGCUGGUUCUCCACCUCACCGCUGGAGCGCCCUUCCUCCGCCAGAUUAUACAGGUUGUAUCUGGAGAUCUGGAUAAAUCUAUGAUAGAGGUAGUUUGUUGUCUCCAGUAGACACAUUCUCGACACGAUUAUGGAAAAUCAAACUUCUCCAACAGAGAAUUUGCUGAUAAACAAUGCAAAUAACACUUCUCCUUCAUCCUCUUCCAUGUGCACUGAUGCUCAGAAUCCUGUAAAAAAACCUACACGACAAUGGGCUGCAUGGACACGUCAAGAGGAAGAAAACUUUUUUAAUGCAUUACGACAAGUUGGCAAGAAUUUUGAGAAGAUUACUUGUCGUGUUCAAAGUAAAAACAAAGAUCAGGUUAGGCAUUAUUAUUAUCGUCUAGUCAGAAGAAUGAACAAGCUUCUAGGUCCCGGAUUUUGUUUUGACGCUAAAAACUCGAAGGAUACGAAUGCUGCAAUGCUCCGAUGGUGGUCUUUACUUGAAAAACACAGCUGUACUGCCUCAAAACUGCAUUUGAAGCCCCGGAGAUUUAAGAUAUUCAUAGAAGCUUUGGAAAAUCAACUUUUAAAGGACCGAAACAAGACUAGAAGAAAACGACUUCCUGAAGAUAUGUAUUCUCCUACUUCAACAACCAUUCUCAGUAAGGGUCCAGGAAAUGACAUUUAUCCAGUAAAACUACUAACUGUUGAAUCUCCAAGUACUAACAAAUCAACAGCUUCUAGAGGGACCUUCCACAAGAACGAUAUGUUUUCAAACAUGAAUUGCAGGAGGGACUUGUCUAGUAUGAGACCUCUGAGGCCAAAACGAAGGCCAGGUGUUGUUGCAUCUGCUGAAUAUAAGAGAUGGGAGAAGGCUGCAAUUGCAGGUGUUUCUUUAGUUGCUGAUGCUGCUGAAGAAUUGGAACGAGCAACCAAUAAUAUAAGUUUUUCUUAUAGUGAAGAAACCUAUCAUGUGUUAGCAAACAAGAUAUGCACCAAUACUGGAAUUUGCUCAACUGAGAUGGCCAAAGCAAUCAUAGAACCAUCUUUAAAAUUGAAGUUGCAAUUGUUUCCUGUUGAUGAACAGACUCUAAAUGUACUGGAAAAGGAUGGGCACAAUCCACAUUUGGAGCUCACCUUAAGCGGUCGGAAAAGGAUAUCAUCAGUGGUGGAACAUCUCAAUCGGAAAUGGGGUGAAUCAAGCGUAGCAGUUGGAGAAAUCAUGCUUUUUCCCUUCUCUGUUAAGCAGGAAGACUUGGCAAGUUCCAAAAGGUGGACAUCAAAAGAUACUGUUGUUAGUGCCGCAGAUGUAUAUGCUACUGUUGGCAGUCCUGCCAUUUUUCGUUUAAGGUAUGGCUGGUUCUCCACUGCAGAAGCUGGGUCUGAGGGUAUUGAAGUUUCUCAUACAACUCUUUGUCCUGAUGACUGUUUGCAUUCAGAAGACACUGAGAAUGAAAAUCAAGCAGUCUCAGUAAAAGAUUUUGCAACUUCAGUUGUUGAUCUCCCUGAACCUCCUGAGGCGGAUUGCGUACAAUGUGAGGAGAGAUUUCCUGAGCCUUUACAACCAUCCUAUGGUGAAAAAGCCAGAGCUCAAAGUAGUUGGAAAAACAAGGAUGUGGUUAAUACAGAAGAAAUUUGUGUCCUGAUGUCUGCUGGAGAAUGGGCUGAUAGUCUCACCAACAUUAGUGUUGGAGAUUUGUUGAAUGAGGCAUCUAAAGCUGCUAACUCAAAACAUAUGAAUUUCCCCAAUCAACCAUCUGUUUCAUGUCUUAAACAGGCCUCAUUUAGCUGUGAUUCGUUUGAUGCAGCUAUUGCUGCCCAUAUGUCUGGUCAUCAUUUGUCAUCCCUUUCGGAUAAGGCAUCACAACCAUCUAUCUGGGAUGCAGAAGAAACUUGUGAUGAAUUUUCUUUUCAAAUGCUUUCGGCUCAGGCACAGGAGAGAUUGAAACCUGCAAGUAGCACUUGUACAGAUGGUGAUGAACAGUUUUCUUCUAAAAGUUCACCAGGAAUUCAGAAUUUUCUUAAGGAUUUUGGUGAACAGAGAUCCAAAGAUGAUCCUCGUUGUGACAAGUCUGAAGUUGAGACUUGUAAAGAUCGUAUUUCCAGUGAUGGUUCUAAUCAUGAGAAGGAUCCCUGUCUUGCAGAUAUCUAUUGGUCAGAUUCUUUAGGGCCACUGGACUUGGAUAUGCCUCCCUCUAAAUUUCAGGGGCAAGAUCUAAUUUUUAGCGACAGUCUGAGCCUCAGUAGCCUGAGUCGCUUGCUAGCCAACAGCCUCGACGAAUUCCAGAAUUGCUCGCUGUUUUGUCUGGAUAGUAAAGACCCUGCAUGACAGUAAGUCUCCUAAAAUGAUCAUCAGCUCUGACUGUAUGACUGAAAUGCUAUUUACCUUUAAAAUGUUGGCCAUAGGUAAAAAGAGUAAAAGAAGAGGGUGGGCUAUAGGAGAUGGGGAACUUGUCUCUUAUAUCUACAUGGCUUGUGGAAGCUAUGCAGGCAAAGUAUGUGCUUUUUGUACAUAAAUAGGGUGCUGUAAACAUGUAGCCCAUGAAAGGUUCUACUAGCUUUGAACAACAGUUCUUGUUCAUCACCUGCUAAAAUUUAUUAGCUCCAGUAAGUAAACAUGAGCAUUAGUAGUCCAGGACCUGCUAUUAGGAGGAAAUUUGGAAGCCCUCCUGAGUUCCAUAUGAAGCAUGGUAUUGACUUGGUAUGACCAAACCCUGCUGAUAGGAAACAAUAUUUCUGCAUGAUAUUUUCUACAUUUGACACACAACUAAUCUUGAAUAUACUCACUCUUUAUAUAA